AUGUCAGGUCCAGCCAAUGAAAGGCCCAGGCUGUCCUUUGCACUGUCCCUGUCCUCCUCAAGGCCACCUAGAGAAAGCGGACAAGAGCGGACAAGGCUCGCCGGCCUUCCUCUUCUUCCAGCUUUUGGUUUCUCAAAUACCUACCCAGCCUCUCCAUCUAACGUUCCCCCAUCCCCGCCGCCGCAGCCGCCCCCCCCCAUUCCUUUAGCAAAAUUUCAGGGCUUUGGGGAGGUCAGCAGGAGUCUGGCCACCUCUCCAGGGACGCCCCCAAGAGCCAGACUCCAGCUCGCAGGCAGUAGGCUGGCAUUUGGAGCGGUGUCUCCCUGCUGGAACCCCACCCCUUCCCACCUCCUCGCCCCACUCGGCUCUCGCCCGAGCCGUCAGUCUCUCCAUUUCCCCCUCCUGGUCUCGUCCUUCCUCCCGCCCCUCUCGCUCUCCCGCCCUUCGCUUUCAUCCUCCUAUCCCCACCUCUCCAACCUCCUCUUUCAUCCCCCUCCCCUCGCCUCUCCUCCCCGCUCCUGCCUGCCCCACCCCUGGGAAGCCCCUCCCGUCGGGCAGCGCCGCCUUAAAAGCGGGUUCCCUUCCCGGGGGCGGCAGCGGCUGGUCGGCGGCAGCUCUGCUGGUGCGGGGGCGGCGAGCAAGACCGAGCGACUGCGACCGGAGCGCGCCGGCCACCGCCCGCAUCACCCUCCCGCCAGCCCGCCCGCCCUCCGGACGGCCGCAGCCCUGCGGGUCUCGGCUCGGGACCCACCCCCGCCCCACCCCGCGCGCCUCUGCCGCCUCUUGCAGAGAGUCAGCUUGCCGAGCGGCCGUCGCUGCCGCUGCCGCCGCCGCCACCGCGCCAAGUUCCGGCCGCGGCCACCCUCCGCCGUCCAGGGCCCCUCCGCCUCGGCCCCGGGACCCCGGCUCCCCGCCAGCCCCGGCCCCGGCACCAUGUCGGAGAAGAGCGUGGAGGCAGCGGCCGAGCUGAGCGCCAAGGACCUGAAGGAAAAGAAGGAGAAAGUGGAGGAGAAGGCAGGCCGGAAAGAACGGAAGAAAGAAGUGGUGGAGGAGGAGGAGAACGGAGCUGAGGAGGAGGAAGAAGAAACUGCUGAGGAUGGAGAGGAUGAUGACGAAGGGGAUGAGGAAGAUGAGGAAGAGGAGGAGGAGGAGGAUGAAGGCCCUGUGCGGAAGAGAACUGCUGAAGAGGAGGAUGAAGCAGAUCCCAAGAGGCAGAAGACAGAAAAUGGGGCGUCGGCAUGAGCCCCAGCCAGUGGGCUUGGGGAUGGGAGGCCCCUCAGGUCCUGGAGGUGGGGCAGGAACACACAAAAAUCCAGCCCCCCUUCUCCUGGCUCUCUGCUCUGGCCCUGCCCCAGGGCUGUGACCCUUGCCCUUCGACCCAGUCUCUCAUUUCCAUCUCUCCAGACACUGCUCCUCCGCCCUCACCGCCAUCGUCCCGAUCCACCUCGCCUGAGCUCCCAGCGGCCCUCACUUUGCCUCCUUGCAUUCCUGUUCUUAACUGCCUCCCUCACCAUCCCGUGUGUCCUGGUCCUUGCAAAGCCUCUCCUUACCCUCAGCACCUUACCUCUCAGCCUGCCCUUCCCUCUCCUGCCUGAUCCCUGGGUCUCCCUCAGAUCCCCUCCUCUCAGACAGCGCCAGGCCGGGGUGGGGCCGGGGGUGGGGCCAAGCCCCGAAGCUGCCCCCCUCCCCUUUUUGUAUAAUUUAAUAAAGAAAUGGUCGCGCUUCUGUUUUUAA